AUACUCCUAGUACACUGCUGCCUUGCCUCUUCGAUCUAUGUGUGUACACUAUAAAAGAGGUGGUUGGCGAGCACGAACUCCUCACCCAUCGUUCGCCCAGCUCAUCGAGUCCUGUCGAGAUACGCACUCACAGCUCUCUCCGACCCACCACUGUUUUCUGCAUGGCUUCCUCAACGGCUUUCCUCCUCCUCCUCGUCGCUGCCUUGCACGUGUGUUGCUGCCGCGGGCAAGGUGGCCACGCCGGCACCGGCGUGGCGGCGAUCUACAGCCUGGGCGACUCCAUCACGGAUACGGGGAACCUGGUGAAGGAGGCGCCGCCCGGCGCCUUCGAGACCAUCAAGCACCUCCCCUACGGCCUCACCUUCGGCCGCCCCACCGGCCGAUGCUCCGACGGCCUCCUCAUGAUCGACUUCCUCGCUCAGGACAUGGGCCUCCCGUUCCUCAACCCUUACCUGGCCAUGAACAGGAGCUUCGACCACGGAGCCAACUUCGCCGUCGCUGGAGCCACCGCCAUGGACCCCGCCGACCAGUUCAACAGGAGAUUCUCCAUGCCUUUCACCGCAAAUUCCCUCAAGCUGCAGCUCCGGUGGUUCAAGGACUUCAUGAAGUCCACCUUCAACACCGACGAAGAAAUUCGCAAAAGGCUCCAAUCUUCUCUGGUUUUGGUCGGGGAGAUCGGUGGAAACGACUACAACUUCGCCUUGUUCGGGAAUAAGAAUGUCAGCGAGGUGGAGAAACUCAUCCCAGCCGUCGUUCAAACCAUCAUCGACGCCACCAAGGAAGUGCUGGACAUGGGCGCUAGCAGAGUCAUCGUCCCGGGCAACUUCCCCAUCGGCUGCCUCCCGAGCUACCUCACCGCGAUGGCCGAGCCGGAGACGUCGGCCUACGACUCCGCAGGCUGCCUCAAGGACCUCAACCUCUUCGCCGCCAAGCACAACGCGCAGCUCCAGCGAGCCGUCGCCGGUCUCCGGGCGUCGUACCCCGACGCGGCCAUCGCCUACGCGGACUACUUCAACUCCUUCCUCAGCCUCCUCAAGGGCGCCCCGGCUCUCGGUUUCGACGAGGAUAGCACGCACAAGGCGUGCUGUGGCGCCGGCGGCAAGUACAACUACGACGUGAGGCGGGCGUGCGGCGUGGAGGGGGCGGCGGUGUGUGCGGACCCGUCGGCGUACGUGAGCUGGGACGGCAUCCACAUGACCCAGGCGGCGUACAAGGCCAUGUCCAGGCUCAUCUACCACGGGAGGUACCUGCAGCCGCAGAUACUCAGCUUCCCGGAGAACAAUGGGCAGACAUGAUAAACUGUUUGAUUCGCCUCACCGCAACAUUUUGAGCCUUCGACGAGUUCUUCCAUGGCUAUGCCGCCAUAUGCUACAUAUGCGCUCUGCACUAUGUAUCCACAUUAAACUACUCCGAGCUAAAGUAAAAGUAAAGAUGCAGUUUAGCA